UUGGAACCAAAAACUUCACUCAAAACUCAUCCAACAGCCAAACAAGAAGAAAAUCAAAUCUCUGGUUCUGAUGACCAGCCCUUGUAAAGUCAACCAUUUUCCACAAGGAAUCGGAGAGGUUCGAUUGAAUUUCGCAUCCUCAUUCUCGAUAAUUUGGAUGAGAAAAUUUUGAUCCAAGCUGUUGGGAGAGAGAGAAAGAGACAGAAAGAGGUGGCUUGUGUACCAGCGAGCUAGUGACAAUGGCGACCAUGCUGACUUCUUUAGCUAAGGACCUGUAAGAUUCUUGAACUUAUAUCUCAAGAAGUAGAGACAUCUUUGUGGUCUGAGAUCGGAGAUUUGUAAAUGUUCGUUUUUAUUGUUUUUGUGUUCUUUUGUUGCUCAUAUAUGCAUAUAUAUAUACACUCUGUCUCUCAUAAGACAUAGGAAUAUGGAUGUUGGCUUGAGGAUGAGUAGCAGUCAAGUAUUAGAAUGGGCAAGUCUUCCUCUGCCCGUUCUCUUUUUGGUCUUGGAUAGGUUGGUAGAACCCAUUGACCAUAUUCGAUUUGCUGCUGUUUGCAAAGAAUGGUGUGUUCUUGCAAAAGAAUACAAUCACAAAACGCAGCGUUGGCGUAAGCUACUCCCCAUGCUCCUGGUUCCAACAGAAUGUGAAGGAAAGCGAAAACUGUACAGCUUCCCUGCAGGAAAAAUCUACGACAUUGAAUUGCCAGUGCCUUGUAAUAGUAAGAGGUAUUGUGAUUCUAGCCAUGGCCAUGGUUGGUUGGCGACAAUGGAUGUGUUAGAUAGAGGUGGAUUGACUAUAACUCUGGUGAACCCUUUCAGAAAAGCAGUGGCGCCCAUUCGUCUCCCUCGCUUGGAUUUCAAAGUCCUCCGUAAGUACUGCGAGGUUUGCCUCCCGAAGAUUAUCUUAUCUGAGGAUCCCACAUUGAAUCCAGACCGUUAUGUGGUUGUAGCAAUUUACAAACAUGUUUCUGAGUUGGCUUUCACUAAAGGAGGACAAAAGUUUUGGAUUUACAGCAAGCGUUUAAGAGGGUGCUUGCUUACUGAUGCUAUAUUUCAUAAAAGUCAAGUCUUUGCAGUUGGAAAGUGGGGAAACAUUCUUUCCUUUGAUAUCAAUAGCAAGCCAAUAGAAGCAAAGAUUCUUAACCCACAAGAAUGUCCAUUCUCGCAUUAUGCUGAUAAAGCUUAUCUCGUGGAAUCAACCAAUGGAGACUUGUUGCAUGUUCGAAGAUUUUUGAAAGAUGUUGACGGAGGUGCCUACCAUGAAGAGUUUUGGACUGAGAGAUUCAUGGUUUACAAGUUGGUGUUCAAUGAGAGGGAUGGAUCCGUUGUGCAGCAUGUUGAAAUAAAAAGUAUUGGGGAUGAGGUUAUGUUCCUGGGUGACGAUUAUUGUAUCUCUGUUUUGGCUUCAAACUUUCCUGGGUGCCAACCCAAUUCCAUAUAUUACAUGGAUGAUUGUACAAAAUUGGGAGGAGCACGUGUACCUGAUACUGAUAGCGAUAGCAGACCAAGUGUUAUAGGCAUUUUCAAUUUAGAGGAUGAAACCAUCACACAACAUUACUCUUUAAACAUUUCACCCACACUUUGGAUUGUGCCCCUGUUUAAUGGACUCUGCUAACUUCUUCAAGUUCAGCUAAUUACAAUUGCACUUGUUCUUUAAAGGCCACCAAGACAACUCUUUGUUUCUGCUGCCUGAGAGUGUUGGUUUACUGGGAAGGGGCAGAUGUAAUGGCUCCAGAUGUUGUUCGCUGUUCUUCCUCCCUCCUAUUUUGACAAUCAUCUUUUGUUUGAAUCUUGUGGUGUGCUGGUGGAAUAUAUGUUGUGGUCAAAAUUAAUUGGGGUCCAGUUUGGUGAAGCUUGAAGAGGGAGAGAGAGAAAUAUAUUCUGAAUUAGAUCGAAGAUGCUGGAAAAGGAUUGGUAUUUGUAUGUGCGAACAAGUGAUUGUUGUGCUGCCUAAAUACUAGUAAAUUUAUGUAAGCAGCCUGGACUUGAACUUUACAGUUUCUAUAAACUUAUAUUCCAUUAUUAAAAAUAUUGACCGAGAUUUUGUCCUUUUAAAAAGGUAUCUUCUGGUCAUUAAUAUAUUAUCAUGUUGAACA